UGCAUAGUUAGGUAAAACGACGAUAUAAUAUACAGUUUGAUCGGAUAUACUACUUCGAGUUUGUUGUUUCGAAAUCGAAGUUUAUUUCAAAGACAAUAAAGUCAGCUGUCGUAAUAACAGGCAGUCAAAUAUCGAUGUCCACUCUCAUUAUGCCAAUCAGCUGCUUUGGGUCUGCUGCAAGUUUAGGAGUUCCAUCUUUACACAAAACCGACGAAUCCGAAUCUCUUCAAGAAAAGGAAAUCAGCUUGACGUUUAUCAAACAGCGCCCACUGGCGACGGAGGAAAACCAUUACAAAAGUGACUACUUUUCCGAAGAAAACAUUCUUUCGCAAUCGUUACCCUCAUUUGAACCAAUCGUUCCUGGAUUUAUGACGUCAUCUCGAUAUUCUACCUCUAUUGGAACGACGUCACCUGGAUCGAGCACGUCAUCAAACCCAGAAUCUAUUUCCUCUGUUAUAUCAUCUCAAAAUAACACGGAUAUACAGGAAUCGCUCACUCAAACCGAACCAAUGGCAACCACUUCGUUCUUAAACUGUCCCACCAGUUGGAAUAACGAGUCUUAUUCAAACGACUUCGAUGCCCACGCCUCGAAUUGUCCCGACAACAGCGAUGCUUUUUCAGCAUCCCCAGUCAGCAGUCUUGCUACGACUAUUGUACCGGUUCAUGGGUACGGAGAUCUGAAUUCACUAUCGCCGCACCCAAGCUCGCCAAAUAUACAUAACGCUCAUGAUUCUAACCAACGAGUCACGCCGAACGAGACCCCGAUGUCUGCUGCUUCCCCAUCACACACGGUUCACUUCAACAGCACCGCUUAUGGAAGCGACCCAACUGGAAACGAAGGCAUGAUGGACAUUUUGCCCAUCGACCAAUCGGAGCGACGACAGAGUUCUAGUGUCAUGUCAGUUGCGGUGUUUCACAUCCCGAAUAUGCAUGAAACAACUCCCACGUACUCCAACGUCGGUGACGAAAAUCAAGUCAGUUCGACCCAGUUUUACGGGAAAUCGCCUCUGCAUUCAUUAUACUCAAAGCGGUCUGCUCCGUCAAGCGAAUAUAAAUAUUCACGAAAAUUAAGCUGUACUGUGGAUCCUAACACGUACAACUUUUCCAAUGUUGAUCCCAGUAGCCCAACUGAAGUUUCGAAUGCAUCCCGGAACCGUCAUUACCGGCAUCAUUCCUACAGCGAAUGUACUAAAAGAGCCGACAUGGUUUCGUCUUCGCCGAGUUCGCCAGAUGAUAUUUUUAUGUCCAACCAGCAUAAACGAAUAAACAACCAAGAAUUCUUCUCUGCCGAAAGCUGUGUACCUCGCUCAAAUUACGAUGAAACCGAUAUCGGUCUCUACAGUUCGUAUUCAGGUAUGAACACUUCUGUUGACAUCAAACCGUUCAGACUAAACGGUCCCUCUCAUAUCAACACAUUCAAAAAGACUGUUUCGAGCGAUCAUAGCCGAAGCACUGCCAAAGAGCACAUGAUAUUGGAACAAGGCCAUGGGAUUAGCAAUUCAUUUGCAAAUUAUCCGUCCUCUGCUUUGGAGCAGUCACCACAUUCUGCCAGUAGCCCUGUUUUUGAACAGAUUAGUUGUCCGACCCAUUCGCUUGCUACUUCCAAGCCACAAAUGUCCGGAUUUACCGACAACAGCCAAGUUGCGGAUCUCGAAAAGCAAGGUUUCACUUCCAUGUUGAACUCGCCGCUCCAAUCAACAAACAAUUCGUUUCAUGAAAUAAGUCAUUCCCCGACACACCAGCGAAUUCAAAACAGCCCAACCGAUCUUUCGGUCAGCAGCCCGCGACUGGGCGCACAAAUGGAUUUAAACAUUUUCCAUAACAACCAAUCUAGAAUUGCUGGGGACGAGUUAAGGUUGAUAAGAGAUGUAGCGCCCGUAUCCCAGCACACAGCCUCGCCCGGUAUCGGUACGAUGGCAGGAUUACUUUCAACGUAUCGUCCCGGAGAUCGGGAUCAAUUUCAAAAUCUAACUGCUCUUUCCGGCCAAGAACAAGCGCUCGGUCAUUCCAGUGUACCACUGAUAAAUCAGACCCACCCUAUAACCUUGGAUUCUACUAAGCCAAUAAAUGGAGAUACAUUAUAUUCUAGUGGACUUUCGUACAACGGUCAAAUGUACCUCGCUCUUCCCAACUCAACUGGGAACCAUUUCCACCCCUUUCGCACGCAAUACGCUGGAACAGAAAGACACCAUCCAUACCAAAGUCACAACGAACGACUGGUGGUCGGUGGUUCUAUGACGCCUUCCACUAACGUUCGACCGUCCAGUGAGGGCUUAUGUGCCGUAUGUGGCGACAACGCUGCUUGCCAGCAUUACGGAGUUCGAACCUGCGAAGGCUGCAAAGGAUUUUUUAAGAGAACCGUCCAGAAAAAGUCAACGUAUGUAUGUUUGGCAAACCGAAACUGUCCCGUCGACAAACGGAGAAGAAACCGUUGUCAGUUUUGCCGAUUCGAAAAAUGCCUUGCCGUUGGCAUGGUUAAAGAAGUGGUUCGCACCGACCAUCUGAAAGGACGCAGAGGAAGAUUGCCGUCCAAACCAAAGGGUCCAAAAGAUCCGGUUGCCCCUCCCUCUCCCCCUGUUAGUUUCAUCACAUCUUUGGUACGAGCACAUGUAGAUACGAAUCCAGCUAUUUCAAAUACAGACACCAGCAAGUACCGGCCACCGGGAAUCGCACCUUGUACCCCUCCGCUUCGAGUCGUUGACGAAGCAAUCAACUUCUACGAGUUACUGUCAGCAUGUCAAGCAGUAAUACGCCAGUGGGCAGAAAAAAUUCCCGGAUUCUGUAAUCUUUGUCAAGAGGAUCAAACCAAUCUCGUUGAAAAUUCCUUCCUUGAUAUUUUUGUGCUACGUUUAGCUUACAGAUCCGAAAUACAAGAAGGGAAACUGGUAUUUUGCAACGGACUUGCUUUACACCGUGAUCAGCUUUACGGAAGCUUUGGGGAGUGGAUCGACUCCAUUUUGUCGUUUGCGUGUUCUCUGGCAGACAUGAAUGUUGACAUUUCCUCGUUCAGUUGUUUGCUCGGUUUACUCUUAUUUAGAGAGCCACGCGGUGUACGAGAACCUAAAAAAGUGGAAGAGCUUCUCGGUUUGUGCAUUGAAAGUCUCAAAGAACACGUUACCAAGAGUUCUGUGACCGCCGACCGUCCAAAUUAUUUCGCAAAGCUUCUCGCUAUUUUACCCGAACUCAACGCCCUCGCAAAAAUGGGCGGACGAAGAAUCCAACGACACAGUAUCGAGUCUCCAGGAGUCCGUGUACCGCACUGCUUACAGCGCAAUCUUUCUACAAACAUGCUACUCUAAAAAUCCUGUUUUAAAAAGCUGCCACAUUGAGAUUAGCUAUGCGUAUACACCUUAUCCUCAAAGGAUAAGGAAAGAUUAUUUAAACACACGUAGCACAGCUACACGAACUGCGGAUGUUUGCACUAGUCUAAUCAAUUGUUGCAAGCAAAAAUUGCAGCACUCGAAACGAAGCAGAUAUAGUAGUCAUUUUACAGUAGCAAAGAAAGCUGUUUAAAUGUAAUGGCGUUUUUGUGUUAACUGUCCGUUGUACAAAUUGAAACAAGAUGUGCUUAUACCAGCGUUUUA